AUGUGUUCAUUCUUUGCCGCCACCCGUCUCCCGCUCCCAGGAGGUGAUAACGCUGAGGGAUCGGGUGGCCAAUUCGCUGGCGGUCCGCUCCUCGGUUGCCGUCUGAAUGGCGCCUUCAAGUUGUGCUCCUUAUUCGGACCUGGGUUCAUGAUACCUGCUGCAUACAGCAAUUAUUCUACCGGUGUGGCAGCCGGCGCCACCUACCAGUUCAGACUGAUGUUCGUCGUCCUGCUGGCAAACAUCUUUGCUAUCUUCAUACAGACUCUCUGUAUCAAGCCCGGCUCCGUGAUUGGCCUGAACCUCGCCCAGGCAUGCCGCGCCUUCCUCCUGCCAUGGUUGAGCUAUGCCCUCUAA